GACCGCAGGGACAGACCCCUGUGCAUGUGCUGCAUUAACUUUGUGGUCCCAUGAGAGCAAACACUUUCCACAAACUAUGUGCAAGUAACUGAAGGAACUAAAGGUCCACAAGUAGAAGAAACCAAACUUUUACCUAUUUUAGUUCAAGUAAAACAGGUUAAGCAGAAAUCGGUUUGUUUGCGUCCAUCAUGUGUACGGGAAAGUGCGCUAAAUGCACCGGAGAUCUUCUGUUUCCAUUGGGUCUCUUAUCAAUAGUUGCCAACAUUUUGCUGUUUUUUCCCAACGGUGAGGUGUGGAGGACUGAGGAAAUCACAGAAAAGAUUUGGUUUUUCCCUGGAGUUAUUGGCAGUGGACUGUUGGUGUUUUUGCCUGCUUCAGUGAUGCGAGCAGCAGGGGUGGAUGGGAACUGCUGUGCAAACAGAUGUGGGAUGAUGGUGUCUAUGCUGAUGUCUGCAUUGGGUGGAGCUGGAGCGCUAUACUGUAUGAUCGUCUCUGCCAUUGGUUUACAGGAUGGUCCUCUGUGUGACACCGGAGAUGGGAUCUUUAUCUACCCAUUCAUAAACCGGACUACAGAAGAGAGUUACCUGUUUAACCAGACAUUAUGGGAAGAAUGUGAAAGGCCACAGAAUGUGGUGCUCUGGAAUGUGGUCCUGUUUUCAAUUCUGCUCAGUAUUGCUUCACUGGAGGCUUUGUUAUUACUGGCACAGAUACUCAAUGGACUCAUUGGAUGUCUCUGUGGAACCUGUUUGAACAAGAAUCAGCAACCUCGGAUGGCCUGAACCAAGCUAACGCACUCCAACAUGUGGGACCUUUAAAUGUACAGAAAUAUGUGAAAAAACAACUACUCAAAUGAUAAAUAUCAUCUUCAAUGUUUGUGAAUGAUGUCUUUUUCCUCUGACAGGGGAGCAUUUGAUAUAUAAGUGGAGAGAAUCAUGAGAUUUAGGUUUAGUGCAACUCAACAAAUCAUCUGUGGAGCACAAACAGAGAUGCUUUACAAAACAUUCAUGUCAUCUUAGUAUAGGUUUUAAACAAAAUAAUAAUGAGUAUAUGAUAACAGACGUUUCAUUUUUUAGAGUUUCUGUAAACUGUACAAAAUUAUAUCACCAACUGUUUUAAAAUAGCACUGUAGGAUGACUUUUCAUUGUCAUUUAAACUCAUGAAGAUGAAUUAAGACUCUUUGUUACCUUUGUUACCAAAUUUGUUACCAUUGUGCACUGCAUUAACCAAAAAAUCUAAAUAAAGUGGUCAGAUGACAUUUGGCCAAAUAACUUUUAA